AUGUUAACGAAAGGCUCCACGAGUAUAAUGGACAACUGUAUGGGUUAUGAUUUUGCUACUGAGAUCACAUUCAUGCCUAAUGCAACUGAUAGUAGAUUAUUUGGAAAAAACGCUCCGAAAUCUGUUCUAAAAUAUCUACAAGAAGAACCAGUAACAGCAAAUUUUCACAAUUAUUGCAUGAGACCAGAAAAUUUUACCGCAGAUCUAACAUUAUCAAAUUUCUAUAAAAUACUCUCCAUAAGUGAAGAUCUGGAAAAUAAAACAUUUAUUUCAACAAUUGAAAGCCAAAAAUAUCCAAUUUUUGGUGUUCAAUGGCAUCCAGAAAAAAAUGGAUUCGAGUGGCGUCCAAAUACGACAAUUCCACAUUCAAAAAAUGCUGUAACUGUGAUGCAGUAUAUGGCUAAUUUUUUUACAGAUCAAGGCAAGUUUAUCUCUUUACUUUUCUUUCAAUAG